GUUGUUGUUCUUCUUCUUCCUUCAAUCUCCCGAGAAUCUCCAAAUCCCUCCCGUAUGCAUUUACCACUGCUAGCCCCCUUUCCCUCAAUCUGCCGCUCUAUUCACCCAUGCCAAGACUUUUUGUUUUGCAUGUAAACUUAUCAACCAAUACAUAUAUCAUUUUUUCCUACAUAUGUAUAUUUUGUUUAAUCUUUGAUUCUAGAAGAAGAGGGGAGAUCUGAUCAUCCGGACAGAACACCUCCCCACUCCCGCCCCCCCAAAGAAAGGGUCCCAGAGACCGGGACGAUAUUCUGUAUCAUGACUGCAGCACCACCUUCCAUGCACGAGCAUGACCACCACCCUCCGUCUUCCAAACCCAAGAAAAGGCUUUAUCAAGUAUGGAAGGGCCGAAAUAAAUUCUUGUGUGGAGGGAGAUUUAUCUUUGGUCCUGAUGGGUCAUCAGUUCUUUUAUCUACCUUCCUGAUUGGGGCUCCUGCAUUGACCUUCUGUAUGAAAAUGCUUCUGAGGUUGUCAGAAGUUGAUGAUGUUUAUGGGCAUAUUGUGCUUCUUGUGGGAUUCAUCCUUACAGUACUGGAUUUGACUUUUCUCUUCAUGACAUCUGGGACAAAUCCUGGAAUAGUUCCUAGGAACUCCAGGCCUCCUGAAUUAGAGGAUCAAUUUUCCUCCUCUUCUGCAUCUAUGGAGUGGAUAAGUAGUGCAACUCCCGAUAUAAAAUUACCAAGAACAAAGGAUGUGCUCGUCCAUGGUCAGACUGUUAAAGUCAAGUACUGUGACACUUGUUUACUAUAUCGCCCACCACGUGCUUCACAUUGCUCAAUUUGCAACAACUGUGUCGAGAGGUUCGAUCACCACUGUCCAUGGGUGGGUCAGUGUAUUGGGAUUCGUAAUUAUCGGUGCUUCAUCCUGUUCAUUACAACUUCCACAACUUUGUGCACAUAUGUCUUCACCUUUUCGUUGUUGAACAUUAUUAAGCAACCAGGAAGCAUUUGGCGGAGCAUGUCAGAGGAUAUCAUAUCAGUCAUUCUAAUAGUAUAUUGCUUUAUUGCUGUCUGGUUCGUUGGUGGACUUAGUGUUUUCCACUUUUAUCUCAUGUCCACUAAUCAGACCACAUAUGAGAACUUCCGUUACCGCUAUGAUAAGAAGGAAAACCCAUUCAAUCGGGGGAUAAUCAGGAACUUGAGAGAAAUCUUUCUCUCUAGGGCUCCACCAGUGCUAGUGAAUUUUCGAGAAUGGGUGACUGAAGAAGAUGAUACAUACAGGGGAUCCAUAUCUCAUAAAUUUUGUGGGGAUACUAUCAAUCCUAAGGCCAUCAUUGACAUAGAAAUGGGAGGUAAACAUAGCAAGGAUAGUCCUUUCCCUCUUCCAGACAUUCUGGAGAAGAUUGAUUAUAAUGGCAUUAGUGAUAGCUUGAAGAAGGAGGGAGGUGAAAAUAUUAAAUUUGAUUCCUUUCUCUUUGCUAAUGCUCAAGAAUUGAAAGACCCACAGUGGAGAACCAGGAAUGAAGAAUGUUCCACAGAUGAUGAUAGGUCUGACAACAGCUCCCAGAGGGCUUCAUCAGCAGUUCUUCAAAGAUAGAGGUAUGAAUGGAUAAUCUAUGGGGGCAGGUGUAACUCGUCUGAUGUCCACAUAUGAUGGCUGUUUGUGAGAAUGGAUGUACGUUGAAAUGGCCAAGGCAAGUUCUUAUUGGCUUAUUGCCUUCUUGAUGUGUGGGUGUAGGAGGGACAAAGUGCACGAGAAAGAUGAUGGUGGAAAGCAGAAGGGUACGUAAUAGUUGA